AUGGUGCCAGUACUCACAUUCGAUUAUAGCCAUUACGAAGACUUAUCCUACCGAGAAUUUUCGCGUUAUGUAGAGAGGUAUUUGCUUCUGCACGAGGCUCCAACUAUAGAUGCUUUGCGUUUCAAACUUGGUAAAUCUUGGGCUAGUGGAGAUAUACAAGUGUGGAUUAAAGCUGCAGAAAAGCGCAGUUUGCGUGAGCUAGUUAUCAAGAUUGAUGCUUCUACUAGAACUAAAUAUCCAGUGAAGCUUCCUAAAAGCUUGUCUAGAUGCUUCAAAACGCUUGUGACCUUGGAAUUAAGAAACGCGGUUCUUGUAGAUGAUGAAGCUUCUUCAGUUUCUUUCCCAUCUCUUAGAAAACUGAGUCUUGAAUUGAUGAAGUACCCUGGUGAUGUAUUUGUUGCCAAGCUACUAUCCAGUUGUCCUCUUCUUGAAGACUUGGUUGUUGAGCUAUGUUCAAGUGACAAUGUGUCCGUUUUUAGCGUUAGUAUGCUUCAUCUAAAGAGUCUAGUCUUGGAAACAUCAGGACACAUAAGUGAAGGGGAGGCACAUGGGUUUGUGAUAGAUGCUCCUUCUUUAGAGUACUUGAAAAUUGAUGAUGAUUGGGAUGGGUUUUGUGUCAUUGAGAAUAAUAUGAAUAAGAUAGUGAAGGCAAGUGUUUUCACAACGCGCCCCUAUACUGAGCAGCUUCUAUGUUCUCUAUCUUCAGCCAAGCGUCUUGUUCUCUGCUUCCAAACCUCAAAGUGUUUUCCACUGUCUUAA